AUGUCACUCUCUUUCUCCCUCCCCACAGCCCUCAUCCUGAUCGACAAUCAGUAUGGCUUCAACCACCCCACUCACUGGGGUACCUCCCGCUCCAACCCCUCCUACGAGGCCAAUCUGGAGUCGCUCUUGACGGCCUUUCGCGCCGCCAUUAAGUCCUCCGAGGAUAACAAGAAUAACCUCGAGGUCAUUCACGUCUUCCAUUCCUCCUCUUCGCCCGUGUCCCCGCUCCAUGCCGACCACCCGGACAACGGUAUUCGGCCCUAUGAGUUUGCCCAGCCUGCAGCUGAUGGGUCGGAACCGGUAAUGUGGAAGCACGUCAAUUCUAGCUUCAUCGGUACCGAACUGGAAGCUCACAUUCGAGCGCGCGGAAUCCGCCAGAUUAUCCUGGCCGGUCUCACGACGGACCACUGCGUCUCGACCACGACGCGCAUGGCGGCGAACCUGGGAGUGGUGGACCGCUUCCCAGAAGGGCCGAUCACCAUUGAUGCCAAGACCGGCACGCAGGACCCUGUGCCUAUCGACCGCGGACGAAUCAUCCUUGUAGCGGACGCAACGGCCACAUUUGCCAAGGCAGGCAUCGAUGCGGAGACCAUCCAUGCCGUUUCCGUGGCCAGUCUGCAGGAGGAAUUCGCGGAGGUCAUGAGCACCGCAGACGUGAUCAGAAGCCUUGAGAAGAGACCCUGA